UUUAAUUUAAUUAUGCAUAAGAGUAUCAACAAACGUUCGAUGUGACUGUGACCGAACCUUGUUUAGUUUGAUCCGAAACACUGCUGGAAGCAAUACUUUUAAGAGCCGUCUUCUUUCGAGUAUCGCUCUACCAAAAUUUUACACAUUUUCAGGCUUUUUUAAGUUCUUUAAUAAUUUGCACUUAAGAUCCACGCGCUAAGUCUUACAAAAACAAGAAAAAAGAAAAAAAAAAGGAAAAAGGAGAAAAAGAAAAAGAAAGGAGCAAGAAAGAUACGUAGCUAUUCUCGGAAGAGAAAUCUCUCACUAUGGAAGAAUCAAGUGACAAACAGGAAGAAUGUUGCACGUUAAAAUCGGCAAAUGAAAACGGAUUGUUCGUCGACAAGGCCACAGUCGGUAUUGGUUCUUUAGACCCGAAUCGAACCAACGACCAGUCACGGACGAAGCGAAACGAGAAAGAAAGUUCGCAGGUUGUCGAUGAAAAUUCGAGUCCUUCGAAAGGAUCGAAAGAAUGUGUCACAGGGAUAAAAGUAAAGCGUAAAUUGAGAUCGACGCGUAGAAAACUGAACGCCAUGAUCAACAAUACCUCGCUACAUUUUUCCGACACCGAUUCCGAAGGAGAGUUAACGUCGAUUCAAUCGUGUCCGAUCAGGCCGUUGAGUCGCACAGCGAACGAGCAACAAGGGCCGAUUAUCUCUGUAACGUGCGACGACGUGGAAGUUAAAGGCUCGGAUCUCUUGUCACCGACGGAUGACAAAGAGUCGUCUCUGCGUAGCAAUUUCGUUGAAAAUCUUACGGACGUUGACGAGAUUUAUCCGAGCGAUCCGGAAACCGAGCAGAAAGAGAAUCGGAAUAACCUCAAGGUUGCCAAGAGUCUGUGUUGCCAAGGUGACACCGAUCUCGAGGAUCUCGAGGAAGGUGAGGAUGGCGAGGACGACGAGGUAGACUCGACGAUUUACGUAAAGCCGAGGUCCGAUAUAUUCUGCGACUAUAGCGGAGAAACGAUAACGACCAAGGAAGGUGAUGGGCCAUUCUCCGUCGAAGUGCGAAAUAAAUUGUAUCGAGAAGAAGAGCCACGAAACGAAUGCCUAAUGUGUAAUGGCAGGCCGGACAUUGUGGUUAUGUCGAAUACCGACGAAGAGGAGAUGGAUGUGUCCGAGGAGGAAGACGCGCAGGAAGCCUGCUGCAGUCAAAAGGAGUUGCUCGAAGAUUUGGACGUUCUGGUAGCGUCGCAAGUGAUCAUGAAAAAUAUUAAUAAAAUGGAGAACAUGUUGACCGUGAGAGAUAUUAGCGACGACGGGGCUAGCGAUUGUCACACCGACGUCGAGGAAGUUGAUCCGAAUGAAUAAAUUCGUUUGAAACGUGUCGACGACGGUAAGGACAUGACUUUACCAAAUACGCUUCCUAACGCAACCGGAUAGAAAAAUACCGUAAAAUACUGUUUGAGCUUUUUUCUCACAGAAAUUCGUUUGACACGUGUUGAAUCUAGCUUGUCCAAUUACGCAACGUGUUGGAAUUUACGCAACGAUGCACUGGAUAUACAUAUGUAAUUAUGAAACACGUAGCCACAGCAAAUGUUAUAUGGUCCGAUGUCAGGUGGAACAUGUACCGUCUCUAUGUAUUCGGAAUAUUCCGUCAAUUGUCCGAAUCGAUCAAAGUCUCUGAAAAAUCGUACUUCUUACAUCUUUGCGUAAAGAAUAAGAAUAAAGUUAAAUAUGAUUAUA